CGUUUUACUGACACCACAAGGAAAGGCUUGUUACGGUUUCUAGGAAAUUUCACCGUUGACAGUUCCUUCGCAAUCUCGCGAUAUCUCCCCCUAGCAACUGCACUGUUUUACCUGGAUACCAGCAAGCACCAGGAACCAAUUAAGAUUGCUUUUCACAUGAAUUCACCUGAUGGAAACCACCUCUGGUGCCCUGACAAGUCCCUAUGGCGCCUGAUUGCUGAGCAUGUUUCUGCGUCCGAGCUGCAGGAGAUCCACACUGCGCUGGGCCACUCUUUAGUUGACACGUACAUAGAGGUGCACUCUGAGGUAGAGAUAUGGCACAAGAUGUGCCAGAUGAGCCAGCGAGGUGGAAACCAUGGCAGAGGAGCAGGGACCACGUUCACGUGUCCACAGGGUUCCCCUCUAGCUGACCCUCCUGUUGUGAAAGAGCUGCUGAGAGCUGAGGUCAAGAUGUUGCUGCAGAAUCUCAGGGAAAGAGCCAGCAGGAGGGGGAGAGACAAUAAAAUUAAGCAGAACGGACCAGGCUGUCACCCCAACCUGCAGCUGUCUGCCUGCACCAGAGAUGGAGAGGAGCUCCUGUCUCGGUACAAACCUGAGACUGUAAACUAUGCCCUCAGUCACCUUGACAGCUGCUACAGAAAGUGUACCAACCCUAAAGUCGCUGAAAAUGGAAGCAGGCCAAGCUCUCACUGCUCAGUCCAGUCCAGCGCUGAAGAUGAGAUUGAAGCAAUGAGGGACAAGCUGAAUGUCACUGAGAUAACCCAGGUGGUCGAUCGCCUCAGGUCUGUCAUGAUGGAGGAAUGUGAAGCGUUGACCAGGCUGUUAAAGUAUUUAAAGGGCAAUAUUAAACAAAAGCUUCAGAGCCGGUGUGAAUUUGAUAGAGCUGAACCUUCACUCGCUGAACUGAGAGAGCUUAGAGGAGCUGUACAAAUGGACCUGGAGCUCUUCCCUUCUUCGUUAGCAGCCUCGCCCUCCCUACCUGUGAGGGAACUGAAAAGCAGUUACAGACUGUCAGCAGGACGAGGCCCAGAGACUCCACCAGCUUUAACUCCUACACCAAUCUUAAGACCACAUUCACCUCUUCCUCUGUGCCAUCCUCAACCCAGACCACCAGCUGGACCUCCUCUCACCAAGUCCUCAAUGUCCAGGACUCAUGGUCAGCACAGACUUACAUCAGCCUCCAAUAAGUCUAAUAAAACACCUCCCUGCAACAAUAUUAGUACUUCUGGGCACACAAACGACCCUUUCAAAACUGACCACAUAACGGUUCAAAGUGAAUACAGCUGCAGUCUUUCUCCAGAGCAAGAUAGUACUGGUCUCCACCACAGGACCCCGACUUCUAGUGCUAGUUUUCAAAUAAAAUCUGAGAAAAAUUCGCUCUUCAGCAAAACUCAUCUAUCAUCACAUGGCAGCAUUCACACCCCGAGCACAGAGUGUGAUGUGUCAUCACAGAGGGAGCGAAAGAGCAGCACUGUCUGGAGGUCAAGAAGCAUCAAUAUCACCCCCUCACCUGUUCCUGCCCUCAGUCAACUCUGUGACACAGACAGCUUCAGUAGCAAUAAGACCAGCCAUUCUGUGUCAACAAUGAAAUCAAGGACACCAAAUGGACAACAGAAUAGUAGCCGUGGAGGCUUUUCAAGGUCAUCAAAAGUGCAGAUAGAUAAUCACAGAGGGAAAAAUACUUCUGAAAUUCGGAAUCCUCCCGCACAAAAUGGCAGACGGAAGAACAGCAGUGAGAUGGAUAACAAUAAAAAUGCUCACCUUAGGAGAGAUGUCAACAAAAAGCAAAGCCUAAGUGGCCGCAGUUUGAUGGACAGCUCCUCACGUCAUCCAGAAUGCAGUGAUACACUGGGACAAGCUGUAUGCACUCAGUCAGCAUCUGCACGGGUUAAUGGACAAUCCUUCACCUCCCCUAAAAAACCACAUGAGGGCACCACAAGUCAGCCAAAAAGUGUCCAGGAUGCUCAAACUCUGCCUCAGUUUCUCAAUAGGUUUUAUCAGCCAGUCCCUCCUGCAAGAGUGCCAACUUAAAUUCCACCAAUAACAAGACAUGUGGGUUUAAACCAGGGGGAGAAUGCGAUAUGUCGGUUGUAGGGAAAAAUCGAGGUCUUCUCUGAGAAAGAAUCGUAGGACAUACUGUAUCUGUGUGGAUAUGCAUGUGGAUAACAAUAAAAUGGAAUAAGGAUACAGCUCUGUGUGGUGCUGGCAGGUGCAGUGGGAAUUAAAAUGAACUACAGAUGGGGAAACUGAGUGCUUGUAAUUUUCCAUUGUUUGGUUUAUUUUCCUUUUUAGUUUUUUUGAGGGAGGGCAUUUUUGCUUUAAUUUAAAUAAAUGACAGUGGAGGUAGUAGAUUUAGGGAGAGACAGCAGGAGAAUUACAUACUGAAGCUGGGAGUCAAAUUGGAGACUUAGCUACUGAGGGCAUUUUAGAACAUGUGGUCUGUGCACAAUCCACUUAGCCAUCAGAUUACAGUGCAGUGUUUAAACAUGUGAUUAAAAAAUAAGUGUUGUUCACGAAGACAGUAAUGUGUACAGGCCUGGUUUAUGAAAAAUACACAGUCUACACGCUAUGAAAUGCAUGUGUUUCAGUUACUUGUGUUUCUUACUACCUAGAGCAUCAGACAAUGACAGUGUAGAUUAAUGAUGGUUGAAUUCUAUUUUGCAGCUUCAGGGUCUUAACCAUGUUUGUUCAGUGUUACCCUGUUGUUUGGUUGUUAAUAAAAGUGUUACUGAAGGUGUUGGCAAUUCCUGGAAAUAGCACUAAAUGUUAAUGGAUACAUAUGUGUCCAUUCACAUUUUAAGUUUUACUUAGUAGUAAUGAAUGAUUUUGGAGUCAGGUUUUUGGUAAUCAGCUGAUGCCUAUAUGACCUAAUAAAAUUCCUGUCCAGUGACUGUAUAGCUGUGUAGGGCCUUAAACAACAGGGACAUUUUUUACCUUCCAGUUUUGGCCUUUUUUUUUUUUUUUUUUUUUUUUUAGCAAAAGCCUAUAGAUUUGUAUUCAUACUUGAAAAGAUUAUAUCAGUCUCUAUUUUACAUCUGCACAAGCAGAGGAUUGUUAUGAAACACUUGAAUGGAUUUGUGAAUCGAUGAAUGGAAUUAAUGACAUUACACAUUAAACACAUUAGAGACAGAAAUAAAUACAAUAACACACAUU